AAAUCUGCAGUUUAAUUUGUUUCUGUAACCAUGUUUGUUGUUCUGUUCAGUUUGUGCUUCACUCAGGUCGAACCCCUUGAGUUCUCUGACCCGCGAUUUCAGAGUCUCUUUAUGCAACAGUUCGGGUACCAACGGUCUUUUGAGAAAGUCCCCACUGGGAUUAAUUUACUACCGGAGCGGAUAAAAACAGGAAAAUAUGACAACGUCAUAUUGGCCUCACCUGAUUCAAUAAAGAAAUUGCAGCAGUACGCGGGGGUAGAUCAGACGGGCGAGUUUGAUAACGCUACAAUUCGAAUGAUGAUGACUGCUCGCUGUCAGAACCCAGACAUUUUGGAUGAGUCCAGUAGGCUGACGAGGUUUUUCCUCGGCAAGGAGUCGAAGAGGAGUAAAAGAGACGUAGGUCAGUCCGUUAGGAAAUGGGCAAAGUUGGAUCUCACCUUCGCUUUUGAGAACACGACUCCCCAGAACUCUCAAACUGAAGAUGUAAUCAGCUCAGCAUUCUCAGCUUGGAGCGAGUGUUCUAAACUCUCCUUCGAGCUGGUAGACAUAUCCGACACCCCUGAUAUAAAGGUUAAGUUUGCAAGUAGGCUCCAUGAGCCCCCAGCAAAGUGUGAGUUUGACGGACCUGAAGGAGUGAAAGCUCAUGCCUUCUACCCUCCUGUGGGUUUAGCUCAUUUCGACGAGGAAGAGGACUGGUCAGAUAACUGUGUUCUUUACUCUGUAGCUCUACACGAGAUAGGACAUCUCCUGGGUCUGGGUCACUCGUACUACAGGAGCUCCAUCAUGUUCGCUUACUUUGACACUGAGUUUGUGCAGAGUCAGUGCAAGGGAGGGACUAGACCUCUAGCUAGUCAUGAUAUCAAGGAGGUCAGAGCAUUGUACGGAGGCAGAACGUGUGAUAAAGCGGAGAAUGUUGAGACAGAAGCUCCGACUGUCUCCAAACCACGACCAUCAGCUGGAAAGUUAGUGAAUGUAACCUCAACAGAUACCACCCCAGUAGAAAUAAUCACAACCUCCACCGUCCAGGUCACCACCAACACCCCCUCUGGGUCCCUCCACGCAACAUACGCUACUGACGAACCAAACAGUUGGGAGUUGGAAUGUGGCGAGAUGGAGGACAAUAUUCUGAGCAGUCCCUACUACCCGGAGUUGUACCCUAAUGGGGUAAACUGCACAUGGGUGGUCAGGGCUCCCCGAGGAAAGAGGACAGUCAGCAUGCACUUUAUAAAGUUCAAUGUGGAGGAUGGUGGAGAAGAGUGUGUGUAUGAUUAUCUACUGGUUACUCUGGAGGAUGGCACCUCACAGACACUAUGUGGAUCCCUCAGCAGAUCUCUAACCUUCGAGUCUAGACGUCUCACUGUAAGAUUUGUAUCGGACUUGCUAAAGCAGGAGGCUGGGUUCCGGAUCCUGUUCACAUACGAGGCGGAACCUCCGCAACCUCCUUGUAGGGUAGUGGUAGAGGAAUCAGCAGGGUUCAUCACUCAGGACCACCCUAAACUAGUGGAUCAUGAGGAGUGCACCUACCACAUACACUCUACUGAUCCUGAGAAGCAGGUACUGGUUAUUAUCCCGGACAUUGCACAACACUGCUCUCAGUACCUGCUGUUUGAAGGUGAUGGUGAGGAGGACAAUCUGCUGGGGCCCUGCUCUGGAGACAACUCUGGACCUAGGUACUUUGUCUCGACUAAAGGCUCUUUCUUCAUCAAAUAUAAACCAGGAGAGUCAGGGAGUUUCACUGUGAAGUACUAUACAAUAUUUUCAGACAGUUGGAUGAGAUGUUCAAGUUCAGAAUCGCGUCUUUACAACGAAGAGUUCGUAGAGUCAGGGACGUGGUCCCCUAAACCACAGAACAGUGCCGGAAGUGCCGGAAGUGCCGGAAGUGACGGAAGUAGCUAUUAUCUGAACACAGACUGCGUGCUUCACAUACCACGUGACAGUGAGGGAAGAGAACUGACUGUCCGGUUCAGUGACCUGCACGUGGAGUACGACAAGUUCUGUUCGUAUGACUUUGUGGAGGUGUAUACUGCUCAGAGUAACCAGUCACAGAGGUACUGCGGAGAGGAAGGUAGUGUGGAGUUCACAACUCUGGGAGACUCUAUAAUCUACUUUCACAGUGAUCACUCAGUGGCGGGCAGGGUUUUUAGCCUGGAGUUUGGUGUGACUCUCACUCAGUUGUUUAGACUGGUGGACAGUGAAGGUGAAGAGAUAGAAGGAGAAGAGAGAGGUCUAUUGCUGUACAAGGGGGGUACAGUUUGCGAUGACUAUUUUAACGAAACUGCAGCUGAUGCUGUAUGUAAGGAAAUAGGAUACGUUCGCUCGGAGCGGUGGGAGAGCCCCAACUCGUACAGGAGUCUCCAAGACACUCUGGAGAUUAAUCUGGACGAUGUCCGGUGCAGAAACAGUGCCUGGUCGUCAUGCACUUACACAGAAACCCACAACUGUGGGCACCGUGAGGACGUGUAUCUUACUUGCAGCAAUUCAGAUCCUGAAAGUGAUCCUGUAGAAGUUGAUAUUGACUCCUGUUUCGUGGAGAAUACCCGGACUAGUGGUCCGGUGAUAGUGGAGGUAGCUUAUCAGGGGAGACAGCACUGUGUGGAAUUGUGUUUAUCACAUGAGGGUUGUCAGGGUAUAGCGAUCAGCCCGCUUAACUGGGCCAGAUCAGGGUGUUACGUUAUUGGAGAACACACAAUAGCUGAGGGUUAUGGCUGGCAAACAGCCAACAGAUCCUGUAUACAAGGGGAAACAGAGUACUGGGAACAGACAACAGUGACAGCAACAACAACACGGAUAAGAGAUGAUAGUGCUGCAACUGCAGUUUGUCAGGAUGGGUACACGGCGGUAGACUGUACCUCAGAUUACCCGAUGUCUUCCAUUCUGGACGGUCUGGUGAUAAGCUCGGAGUCCUGCACUGUAUCUAUGUCCAGCAGAUCAAGACAAAACGUAGACGUGACAGUGACUUGCAGUAAAAAAGACACAUGUUCAAGUGACAGUGAUAUAACAAAGUUCAAGCAUCUGAAACAGGAUAGUUGGGUAACUGGAAGUAGCUCGUUAACAUGUCCUUCUGGGUACGAAAUAUUGGGGUGUUAUAUCACAUCAGCGUGGUCUCCCUACAGUACCUUUGGAACGUUCGAAACCGGAGCAAAGACGAUAACAGGCUCGUGCUCCUUCACAAACACCAUCAGAUACAAGCUAUCUGCUGUGUGUAGAGUCACCCCGUCCUACUGGGACGACAACUCCUGUACCGUACCACUCCCACUCCCAGAGUGGACACUGAAAGUUAUUUGUAACGAUAAGAUGACCCUGUGGGUUGACGGGGAGCUGAGAACUGUAGCCGGACAAGGAGCGUGGAACAAGGUGUCCACUUUAACCAUCCCCCAAUCAACACGUGCUAUCGGGGUAAAAUGUAGGAACAAGGGUGGAUUCUACGGGAUUAUGGGCUCAAUCCAGGAUGAGGAUGGGAACAGUGUUGUUGUUACAGAUGACUCUUGGAGGUGUAGGAAUAGGGCAGAGCCGGGUUGGGAGAGAGCAGAUUUUGUGGAGGGGGACGGCUGGAAUCCUGCUUCAGAUCAUAGACAAGGACACUAUAUCACCGAUAGCGGACCCUGGAAAGUGAUCGCUGCUAACAGUCAGAUUAUUUGGACUGAAACUUCUGCAGACACAACUGUUUUUUGCCGCAAGGUCUUACCAAAAGACUUAGUGGACGAAGAAGGAAACAUAGCAGCUACAUCUGGAGUCUGGACUACUCCUAUAAUACAACUACAAGGGAGGGACAGUGUGUGACGAUGGUUUCAACAGUCAACACAAACUCAGCUGAAGCUAUAUCAUAAGUUAAUGUAUAUGCAGGGUUUUUGGUUUUAACUCUGGUGGAUCAGAUUUCUAAGAAUUUUAAAAACUGUUUACCAUAUUUUGUCAAGCGUCGUUUAUGAUCGAAGCAUAAUUUCGGGAGUUGACCGUUCGCCAAUUAACUAAUAAACUGAUUAACAACCUCGGACACCGCUCUUAUGAUGGUUCCUGAGAUCGAAUUUGUGCGCGUCCAUAUUAUUUCACAUCUUUCGUAAUCCGCAUUUCUUAUCGCAGCUAUGGCUUUUUGUUUAAUAAUUAGCGUACCGUAGGAACAACAAAAUAAAACAGGAAAUAUUACUACAAGCAAAUGUAUAAUGUGGUUGUUAUUUCACAACGAACGGAAUAUGCGAAAAAUACGAAUUUAACCUUGAGGUAAUAAAUAUCAUCGUUUAUUAGUUGGACCAAACAUUGCCAACAAUAAUAUACAUCAUUGUCCACAAUAUUUGUAAUUCACUUUCCCGAUAUCUCAAUAUAU